GCCAUUUUGGCUCAAGCCCCCUCGCCGCAAUUCUAGUCGCAAGUUCUCUUGAGCUGGACCGCCAUGGCGCCAAGCCAUCAGAGUCUGCCGUUCUCCGGUUCCACCGAUGAGGAGUCGGGCCAGGAGGCGCCCGCGCGAGCUCCGCGGCGAUGCCGGCGGACGGUUGCCGCAGCAGCGGUCGGCCGCUCUCCUGGUGGCGUCCGCUGGAGUCGCGGGCAACGCCUGGCACAAGAGCGGACCUGGCACCGCCGACCGGGUCUCCCUGAGCGAGGACUGCAAGAAGGUCUACAUCGACACCGACGUCGGCAUCGACGACAACCUGGCGCUGAUCUCGGCGUUCGCGCAGCACCGGCUGGGGAAGAUCUGCAUCAUCGGGAUUGGAGUGACCGACGGCAACAUCCCCGCCUGGAUUAGCAACUACUCCUUUCCGAGGCUCCUUUCCUUGUUCGGCAUGGAAGAUGUAUACUUCUCCACACCCCACGUCGACGACAGCAAGGCGGGCGACAUGGGCCUGCUCUUCCAGGACACGGAGGGCAAGUACCAGCCGCCAGGUGGCCGUGGAUGUGCCGAGCACAUCCACGGCAAAGAGAGCAUGUGUGGCAUGGCGGAGUUCAUCGCUCUUGGCGCCAACGUGAGCUUCCCCACCCGAGACUCGGAUGGAGACCCAGGGGCGUUCCUGGGGCAGCGUCUGGAGGCCAUGUGCGGGGAGAAGGACUGCGACGUGCUCGUCAUCGGGCCGCUCACCAACGUCGCGUCUGCCAGCAAGGACGUCUUGGCCCAGCGAGUCAACCGCGUGAUCUGGAUGGGCGGAAGCUUCGUGGUGCCCGGCAAGCUGUCGGCGGAGCAGAGGAAGGGGAUCGCCUACGCGCCCCUUCAGAACGGCGACUGGAACGUGGGACUGCGGCGCCGCGGGAACAUCGCUCCGCUGUCCGAGUUCAACGCGUGGGCAGGGUCGGUGCCGCUCGCAGAGUUCCUGACCGAGCGCCCAUCUUCUGUUGGCUUCGACAUGAUUCCGCUGGACGUCACCACCGAGCUCAUGUGGUCCCCACAGCUCGUCAACAAGUUCGAGAAGUCUGCCGGCAUUCACGACGACGGCACCUGGAACUCCAACAAGUUCAGGAAGCAGCUGAUGAAGUUUCGGAAGGAGAACCCUGGCGUCAACGAGAAGAACAACCAGGCCCUCGGCGAGGAGAUCAACAAGGCGUUCGAGGCCGAGGUGGCGAUCCGUCGCGAGAGCAACUUCACCUACCCUCGCACCCCCGAGGGACGCGCGAACUUCAUCGUGGACAUCUCAACCAAGGGCUGGGCCUCCACGGUGGCCGACGGGCAGAUUCCUAAAAAGGCCGUCGCGAAUCUCGCGCACGACGCCGCUGUGCUGGCGUAUGAGCUGAACAGCGAUCUUUUCGAAGCUGGGCAGGAUAUCAACAUCACUGUCGUCGUGAAGGGGACCGCGACAGACAAGCUAUGGGACAGGCUUGAGAAGGACAAUUUCAUGAAGGUGAGAUUCAAGAACCCGCAGUGGGGAGUCGACGGCGCUCCCAUCAAGAGCGACCUCAAGGGCGCUCUCUUCCAGCAGGCGUCGAAGAUGGACGCGCAGGUGGCAGAGGACAUCGCCAAGCAGGGCCUCUCCAAGGAUCUCGAGACCAGGACUGGGACAGCCCGCAUUGUGAAGUUUGCGGAGAUUCCGGGCGCGCCGAACGGAGCGGAGGUUCAGGUCAUGGACUGGCUUGCCGCCUCCCUCGCGCAGGCCAUCGAGUGACCUGGAGCUGCCACGCGGCGUGCACGAGUUGCGCACGCGCGCGCAGUUUAGCUUGCAGAGCUGGAUUUUGAAGCUCCUCCUGCUCCUCCUCCUCCUUCUCCUCCUCCUCCUCCUCCUCCUCCUCCUCCUCCCCUGCUGCUUCUCCUCCUUUUCCUCCUGCUGCCGCAGGGGAUGGUCCACCACUGCGCAUCUGGCCCAGCAGGGUCCAGGGGCCCCGCGGGGAAGCUCGUGGAGUCCUGGAGGCGCUCCGAAGAGGUCCCCUACUGAGGUUCCCAGGAGGCGCCACGGAGCCCCCGUCCAGAGGUCCAAAGCGACCCGCAAGGCGCCCCCCA